CAGAGGUUGUGUUGUUGCGCUUCAGAGACUCCGGAUGUGUCUGCGGCUCCGGGCGUGGGAGGAGGUGACCCACAUGUCCUCCAGUGGAGCGGGCGGGGAAGUAUGAAAGGAAACAUUUGAGAUUUUAAAUAUGAACAAAGCCGCCAGCAACUAUUUUCUGUGGUAAUGAGAGCUGAGACUGGAGCCUGUGCCGUGAUACAAGCCGCUCUGUUCACUGUUUCUGUGACGGGUCCGGGUGUGUGUGCGUGUUGUGUGCGGUGCGACACACACCUUACACGACAAUCUCCUCCUUUCAAACCACGGUGCUGCUGGACCAGAAACACGCAACCAAACCGGAUUAACAUCCAGCACACAGGCUGCACACAGCAUGGCACAGCUUCAUUAACCCAGGAUUUACCGAACUGCAUUGUGGGUCCAUUGUGUUGCUGAUGCUUCCUACGGCGAGCAGGUCGCAAGAGAAAGUUUAGUUAACAAGUGGUGACAGUAAUAUCAGCAGCUCUCAGUCAAAGCAACCUCUCACAGCAACACAAACACACACAGACACACACAGACACUCACAAACACACACCUGGUUAAAUGUCUCACAGCAUGUGUGUAGUCAAAAUGGCCUCCCCUGCUGUUCUAUCCAGGUGACAUCUCCCUUCAUCUACCCGGGUAUCUGUGACCUCUCGGCCACAUGACGCGGUCGGCAGUGCUGUUUCUGCGAAUGCUUGUUGUUGCUGUGCGGACACACACUGCCCACUUGAAGGCUCACACACAUACGCACACUCACUCUGUGCAUUCAUUCACACACCAGUACUCAGAUAACACCCGACUUACAUGGUGACUGAAGUGCUCUUUGGUGAAUCUGGCUUUCAACCUUUUGGGGGUGAACUUCACAUCUUGCUCGUGUAGUUUUGACUAAUAACCUGCAUCGCUAGAAUGCACCGCACUAGUACAAAAAUAACUUGUGUUGAUGCAUUGUGAUUAUUGUUGGAUUACGUUCUCUUACUUAAUGGAAAAGUGGGAAUUUUCAUAUAUCGAAUAAUAACUGAAAUAUAUCUCUCUGGGUUUAAAGUUCCGAGGAGGGGCCGUGUUGACACUCGAUACGUUUAAUAUAUAAACUAGAUAGAUACACUUUAUAACAACCAGCUUCCAGCGCUCUGUCGCAGUCCCAGCAGUGGGACUCAUCAACAUGAGCCACCAGGAUGAUCACUGGAACGGCUGCAUUCACAACGAUGGCAAAGUCAACUGGUUCUUCGGUUGGGGGGGGGGGGGUUCUGUGUGUGCAGCAGCGGUGGUGCGGCCUCGUGGUUCUGUGGACCGAGUCAAGCAGUCUCCAAACUGUCAAGUUCAGGAUGGGCGUUAUUACAAAUGUACCAAAUGUAGAAACAAAAACAAGCAUUUUCAGAGUAUUUUGGACUUCAAACUGAAGCUGAGGCUCAAAGGAGGUGAGCGACAGAAAAACCCCCACCAGUGUGUCAUGUGCUGUGUUCAGGGCAAAGAGCACAGAGAAGCAAAUAUCAUAUAUGCAAAAACAUGAUAGGAAUCACAGAUGACGAGCAAUGUGUGCGAUCUGCACUUCACCGAGAAGCAACUGUUUACAAUGUCAUCCUCAGGUUCCUUAUGAUACCGAGUUCUCUGGAAUCAUGAGUCCCCUUCUGUGAGGAGCUCUGUGCAGUCAUUGUUUGUUACGAACCAGGAAGAGCUGGACUGAUACGGGGAGGGUGUUAAAAUUCAAAUGUGCGUCUGCUUGCAGAUAAACAAGCCUCAUGCGCCCGGUCCCUGCUCUUUUGCAUGUGGCUGUGGAUGUCCUGUGUAGAGAUGAAAGUUCACUGAGUAACACACAAGUUUCAGAGUUUAGUCAAUAAACAAAAAAUGAUAUCAGCCCAGAGGAGAUUAAUGAAUUACGAACAUAUGGUAAAUUGUGCUUUAUGUACUGUGUAUUUUAUGUAUUAUUUGCAUGCCUGAGCUGAUACCUUUUUUUAUUUCCACUUGGAAAAAGGCCCUUUAGUACCAUCACAUGUUUCUGCAGAUGGAGCAGAGGGUUUGUAAAUCAUUAACAAGUGUUGGCUUUAAAAAAAAAAAAGAAAUAGGAUAUAAACCUGAUGCUUCUCUUCACCCCAAAUCAAAUCGACCGGGCUGACAGCACUCGACCCGACUUCAGCAGUCUUUUCACCAUUGGGACCUGAUCAGAUCUGUGAGGAUGAACCUUGUGUUGUUCCUGCUGUGUUCAGGAUUUGUUCACUUUGCAGCUGCAGCUAAUCGUUUCCGACGGUUCUACCUUAAUGACACAGUGAAACCCAGUUGGGAUCGUUUGUUAGAGAUAUGUGAAAAUAAUAGUUCCUCAUUUGUAACUCUGUACGAUGAUGACGAUGCAAAGUCGCUUGAAGAAUUUGCACAGGCCCCUCCGUUUUCAUCUCUUUGGCUCGGACUCCGAAGGAAUCUAGAGAACGUCACCACUUGGUCGAACGGUGACCCUUAUACAUUCAAUCUAACAAAUGUCACUGUAAAACGAGAGGAGCAAAGAUGUGGAGCUGUCGAAAAUAACAAAUAUACGGAUUUUGGCUGUAACAAGAGUUUACACUUCAUGUGCUACGAGGGAAAUAACUACCACCUGAUUGAUCAUAUGAAAAAGGACUGGUGUCAGGCACAGCAGUACUGCAGAAGACACUUCAAAGACUUAGUCAGCAUCCACAAUGGAACCCAAAAGAAACAAGUGGUCGAGGAAGGACGAGGCAAAACCUUUUGGAUUGGACUCCUGCACGAUGAAUGGGAGUGGCAGGACGGGAGCUGCUCGACGUACAGAACGUGGCUGAAGAACCGAGUACCAUCAGAGGAUUGUACAGCUCAGCUAAACUCUUCACAUGAGUUGUAUGGAUAUGGAUGUGGUAAUGAAGCAAGAUCACUUUGCUCCAAAGGCAAUGUGAGAAUCGUGGUCGUCAGGCAGAAUUUAACUUGGGAAAGCGCUUUGGAUUACUGUCUCGCCAAUCACUCAGGCCUGCUGUGGAUUGAGGAUGAGGACGAUCAGGACGAUGUCGUUGAAAUCUUAAAAACCCUCAAGGUCGAGGGUCCUCUCUGGAUCGGCCUGAGGCAGAAUCCUGUCUUCGGGUUCUGGAUCUGGAGCGACAGGACGGUGACCUACAGCAACUGGGAGAACGACCGAACGCCAGAGAUGCCCUCGUCUGAAAACUGCGGCGUCAUCAACGUGACGAGCUCCAGGUGGCAGGAUGAAGACUGUUUCAAAUUACACCAAUUUCUUUGUGAGGAGGAGAUUUCUUUCAUUAACUAACAGGAAAUAGUUAUAAAGCUUCUUGAUGAAUGACACGUUUGAGAUGGAUUAGCUCGUGUUGAUGUGUGAAGAUGAUGGAGAUACAAAACAUUAGAUUUUCCUUAAAUCCUCAGAUUCUUUAUUGUUGUCUGCCUCGAGUUUGUUGUUUAAAAAUAAUCAGACUGUUCUACAGGUGAUUUAAUGUAGAGUUAUAGAUUGAUGAAUUUGACAAUUGAUUUUAAGCUGUUUAUAUCCUUUAUUGUUAUUAUUAUUCUAUCACUACUGUCAGUACUACUACAACUAUUACUAUUACCUAUGAUUGUGUGAAACAUUUGUGUCAGUCUGUUGCUAAUCAGACAAAUUGAUUUGGAUUGCCUUUAAAUGACGACAGUUUGGAGGAGAAGUGAUGUCUGUUCUGAUCACUCUGUGCAGAUUAAUAAAAGUGUGAUUAAGUUUGAAUGAAA